GCGAGUUUCCUCCUCCACCAACACUGCAGCAGCUUCUUGCACACCAGGAGCUUCAUAACCUUGAUCAAAAUACGGAAGCGCAUCCACCACAACCUCACCAGCUACCAACUCUGUGCCCGCCAUACCAGGGACCUAAGUUUCUCCAUCCUUAGCCUCCUGCUCAGCUUCAUGAUCCAACACCAUUCUUCCUAAGCCAGCACACAUUGUGUCUUUUCUCCAUCGACCCUGGAACAUCUUUUCUCAUGGCAAUUUCUCAGAUCACUCUGUGGAAGCUGAUUUCUGGGGCCUUGGGAGUAAUAUGCCUUUUGUUGAUGGCUACUUUGGGAAUUUUGUUGAAAAAUUCAUACACUAAACAAAGUAUCCAACCAACAUUCUCUCCAGGAUCUAUGACAGAACUUCAAGAAGUUUCUGACUGCUGUUCUUGUCCAGAAAAGUGGAUUGGGCAUCAGUGCAACUGUUAUUUCAUUUCUAAUGAAAUAAAAACUUGGAAUGAAAGUUUCCAUUUUUGUGCUUCUCAUAAUUCCAGUCUUCUUCAGCUCCAAAACAGAGAUGAAUUGCAUUUCAUGAAUUCCACUCAGUCCUUUUAUUGGAUUGGACUCUCAUAUAGUGAAGAACAUGGUGCCUGGUUGUGGGAGGAUGGCUCAUCUCUCAAUCAGGAUCUAUUUCUAUCAACUGAAACUUUAAAUCCAAAAUUCUGCGUAACAUAUAAUCCAAGUCACAAUAUUUUGGAUGAACUCUGUGAAAAUAAAAAUUACUAUAUCUGUAAGAAAUAACUUACUUAACUAUUUUUUGGGGUGGUAGGGGUGGACAGUAAAAGUCCAGGCUUACAAAGAAUGGUAACUUUACCUCUAAUUUUUUAAAUUAAUCAUCUACUUCUGGGGACUAUAAAAUGUUUUCAAUUGUGUUUUAUUAUACAAUUUUCAUAUAUUUGAAACCCUGUGUUUUAAAAUUGGUGAAAUUUGAACAUCCAUACCUGAGAGACGAGUGUCAAUCAAGAUAAAGAAUUUCAUGAGUAUAUUGAUUAAAUGCAUAUUUUAUACUAAAUGUACUUUUAUACAUACAUUUGUAUAAAUACUCUCUGAAAAUGUUUAAAUAAAAUUUAA